CUGACCACAUAAGGGAAUGGCGGGAACAAAAUGACGAGCGCCAAAUCUUUUUUUUUUUUUAAAUUAUUUUUCGUUUACAUUUAUGUGUUGUAAACUUGUAAUAUAUAAAUAUAAACAUGAAAUUAAUUUAAAUAAAACAUUGAGUAGCACCAAGCAAACUAAGAGAAAAUGGGGAAGAAGAGAAGUAGGGUUUGCGAAGAUGAGGAAAUUGGAUCUGAUCUCAACCCUCCCAAUCACGAUGAAAACUCUCUCUAUCAGGUUCUUGGCGUGGAGAAAACAGCAUCUCAGCAGGAAAUAAAGAAGGCAUACUACAAGUUGGCAUUGAGGCUGCAUCCUGAUAAGAACCCCGGUGAUGAGGAAGCUAAAGCGAGGUUUCAGCAAUUGCAAAAUGUCAUCUCAAUUCUUGGGGACGAAGAAAAACGGGCUGUUUAUGAUCAGACUGGUUGUGUUGAUGAUGCUGUCCUUGCAGGAGAUGUUGUUCAGAAUCUUAAAGAAUUUUUCAGAACAAUGUACAAGAAGGUCACAGAAGCUGACAUUGAGGAGUUUGAAGCAAACUAUAGGGGAUCUGACUCUGAGAAAAAUGAUUUGAUUGAUCUGUACAAUAAGUGCAAGGGUAAUAUGAACAGGCUAUUCUGUUCAAUGCUUUGCUCAGAUCCUAAACUCGACUCACACCGAUUCAAGGAUAUUCUUGAUGAGGCUAUAGCUGCUGGAGAACUAAAGGAAACAAAAGCCUACAAGAAAUGGGGAAAGAAAAUAUCAGAAACCAAGCCACCAACUAGUCCCUUAAGAAGGAGGGCAAAAUCAUCGAGUAAGCAAUCAGAAACAGAUUUGUAUGCUAUCAUGUCACAACGUCGAGAUGAAAGGAAAGGCCGGUUUGAUUCUAUGUUCUCAUCUCUAGUUUCAAAGUAUGGUGGAGGUCAAAUGCCAGAACCCUCUGAAGAGGAAUUUGAAGCAGCACAGAGAAAGCUGGAAAGCCGUAGGUCCUCGAAAAAGUCAAAGCGAAAAUAACUAACUUAUGAUUGUGCAUAAUUUGUUUCUGAGUGAACUCAGCUAUUGUUAGUGGGAAAUCUUUUUUGCUGAAAUACGGGUUUCACGUGUCUUAAUGUGACUGUUUACUGUCAAGGCUGAAAUAGCAGGAACUUCCCUAGAAAUUUUGGGGUUAUGUUUUUGAACCUUCAGUACAUAUCUUGAUGACAAUUUGAUUUAAUUGAAAUAUCAAUCACCUUAAGGC